AUGGGAUCUCCUAGAGCGUUUUUCAAACUUCGAUCGCAUGCUGCGAGUCAUGGCUUUUGUGCAGCGGUUCAUCAACCGCUGCAGACGCAUUCCUACGCCUUCUUCUACAGACAGGAAUACAACAUCCUGCAAUCCAAAGGACAGCUUCCCUCGUCCAGUUUUAUCCUCAACCUUAAUCCGUUCCUGGAUGCUGACGGCAUCAUGAGGUCAUGCGGUCGUUUGACUGCAUCUGACUCGUUAUCCUACGACGAACGUCAUCCUUUUGGCCUUAUGGUUCGUCUCAUCCGGACGAGAUACUGGAUUCCGAAGCUGCGGAACCUGAUCAAACGUGUGACCACGACCUGCAAGGCGUGUGUCAUUCACCGGAAGAAGGUGCAGUCCCAGCUAAUGGGUAAACUACCUCAGUCCAGAGCGACCUAUUCGCGACCCUUUACACACACAGGACUCGACUUCGCGGGACCGUUUGAUGUCAAAAGCUAUUCAGGUCGUGCCUGUCGAAUCACGAAGGGCUAUGUCUGCGUCUUCGUGUGCUUCAGUACGAAGGCCAUCCAUUUGGAAGCCACUUCGGACUUGACCACGGAGAAAUUCCUCGGAGCCUUCUCAAGGUUCGCGGCCAGAAGAGGGUGCCCCCUCCAUCUUUACUCGGACAACGGAAAGACUUUUGUGGGCGCGGAGAAGGCCCUCACAGAAGAUUUCAUCGCUGCGGUUAAGGAAAAGGUUACCUCGUCAUUUAGUCAUCCUGGCAUUUCAACCCUCCAGGCGCCCCCCAUAUGGGAGGCCUUCGUUCUUUUUCUCUCUGCUUCUCUCGUCUCUUUGCGCCAGCCAUGCCGUCCCAUCGCACCCAAAGUCGCCAGCUCAUCGACAGAUGUUCUCGAGGAACUCGAUCGUUCCGAUGCCGAGUCUGUCAGGGGAUUCAUCCGCUUCGGACGUGUUCGCGGUUUCUCCGGCUAG